AUAGAAGAAGCAGCAACAGCACUGCAGCAGUGAAGGCUGAAGCUCCGCGGCUGCCCUUCUCGUCCUUCCAGCGCAGGGAGCUGCCGAGUGUGAAUGCAAGCCAUGGAAGACAUAGAAGACCUGCUGAUCGGCGGCGGUGGAGGAGGCGGCGCUCCCCCUGGUUACCGGCUUCCGUUAACCGCAGUGGGUUUAAAGCCGAAGAAGAAGAAUAAGCUCAAAUCCAAUCCUGAUGCCGAUGAUUCCAGCAACCAGCUCUCUCCGACCCAAAAUCCACUUGUUCCUAAGAUUCCAGGCACCCAGACAAUUUACGUUAAAACUUUUGGAUGUUCUCACAACCAGAGCGACAGUGAAUACAUGGCUGGUCAGCUUUCAGCAUUUGGUUAUUUGUUAAGUGACAAUCCUGAAGAGGCAGACUUGUGGCUUAUAAAUACUUGCACAGUUAAAUCCCCUAGCCAGUCUGCUAUGGACACUCUAAUAACAAAAUGCAAGAAUGCGAAAAAGCCUCUUGUGGUAGCUGGGUGUGUACCACAAGGUAGUAGAGAUUUAAAGGAGCUAGAGGGGGUCAGUAUAGUAGGAGUCCAGCAGAUUGACCGUGUGGUAGAAGUUGUGGAAGAGACACUGAAAGGUCAUGAAGUAAGGCUGUUAAAUCGCAAGACACUGCCAGCGCUUGACCUCCCAAAAGUAAGGAAGAACAAGUUCAUUGAAAUUCUUCCAAUCAAUGUUGGUUGUUUAGGUGCUUGCACUUAUUGUAAGACAAAACAUGCUCGUGGUCACUUGGGAAGUUACACUGUAGAUAGCCUUGUGAAGCGUGUAAGAACUGUCAUCAACGAAGGAGUCAAGGAAGUAUGGUUGAGCAGUGAAGAUACUGGAGCGUAUGGCCGUGACAUUGGGGUCAAUCUUCCAAGUUUAUUAAAUGCAAUUGUUGCUGAGCUUCCACCGGAUGCAAGCACAAUGCUUCGGAUUGGGAUGACAAAUCCUCCUUUUAUUCUUGAGCACUUGAAAGAGAUAGCUAAUGUCUUGUGUCAUCCAUGCGUAUACUCCUUUUUGCAUGUGCCAGUUCAAUCUGGAAGUGACGCAAUCUUGAGUGCAAUGAAUCGAGAAUAUACAGUCGAUGAAUUCAGGACUGUAGUAGAUACCUUAACUGAGCUUGUUCCUGGGAUGCAGAUUGCAACUGAUAUAAUAUGUGGAUUUCCUGGGGAAACGGAUGAAGAUUUUUGUCAAACUAUCAACCUUAUUAAGGAGUACAAAUUACCUCAAGUUCAUAUCUCACAGUUCUAUCCUCGACCAGGGACACCUGCUGCUAGGAUGAAGAAAGUUCCAAGUGCUAUUGUCAAGAAACGAAGCCGUGAGUUGACUUCUGUUUUCGAAGCUUUUACACCGUAUAAUGGAAUGGAGGGCAGAGUGGAAAGAAUUUGGAUAACAGAAAUUGCAGCAGAUGGCAUUCACUUGGUUGGCCACACCAAGGGAUACAUACAGGUGCUCGUAAUUGCCCCAGAAACCAUGCUGGGAACUUCAGCCAUGGUAAAGGUAACAUCCGUUGGAAGGUGGUCCGUUUUUGGGGACGUGAUCGAAACCAUCAGCACCAGACAUCAUAAAACAACUACUCUCGAAGAGAUGCCGAUCCAAGACAAAGUUCCUUGCUGUAACACCCACGAGAAGUGUUCAAGUUCCACAGAACCCGAACCCUGUGCUUGUGGGCCAGAAAGCUGCAAAGCACCAGUAACUCUGGAUAAUAAAGAUGAUUCUUCAAGUAAUAUUUCAUUGGCUGAAGAGCCAAAACGGAAAAAUGUGAUAGAAUGGCUACCGAGGAGACGGAAGAGGCAUGUGGCCAAGAGAGAGGAGAGAGAAAGUAGUGGCAUAGCAUCUGAGAGAAAGCAGGCAUCGGGUGAGUGGGGCUUUGUUGAUAGGAUUCUUGUUGGUGGAAUACUAAUCAGUAUCUUUGCAAUUGUUGGUGUACUGUUUCAUCUUGGAUCCACCACUCUUCUCCUACUCUAAUUGAUGAUAUUAUACGAUGCCAAUUUGUAUGGGACCAUUUUGAAGAAAGUUUGUAACAAGAGUUUCUAUUUCCUCGCUCCUUUCCCAAUUCCUUUUUCAGCUUUCUUUUGUACAAGUAGAAUUUUUGGGUAGUCGAAAUUGCGAGUGUAAUUUAAUUUGAGAUUAGUGAUUUUCUUUUCCAACA